AUGGGUUCUGAUCCGGUGUCAUCAUUGAAUCCCUCAAGUUCUGCUGCUUCAUCAUUGGAUCCUUCAAGUUCUGCUCCGGCUUCAUCAUUGAAUCCUUCAAGUUCUGCUCCUGCUUCAUCGUUGGAUCCUUCAAGUUUUGCUCCGGCGUCAUCAUUGAAUCUUUCAAGUUCUGCUCCUGCUUCUUCAUUGGAUCCUUCAAGUUCUGCUCCGGCGUCAUCAUUGGAUCCUUCAAGUUCUGCUCCGUCGUCAUCAUUGAAUCCUUCAAGUUCUGCUCCUACUUCAUCAUGUGAUCCUUCAAGUUCUGCUCCAGCGUCAUCAUUGAAUCCUUUUAGUUCUGCACCUGCUUCUUCAUUGAAUCACGCUAGUUCUCCUUCGUUGUGUUCUCCAUUGGAAUCCGUUGUUGGUGCUACUUCGUCAUUGAAAGACGCUACUACAGCUUCAUCUUAUUCAUUGCAUUCCGGGAUGACCCCACAGAUCGGUUGUGGAACCAUUUUUGUUUCAUUGGAGGAAAUCAGACCGUUGACUAAAGUUAACCAAAACAUCCCAUUGGCCAAACGACCCUGGGCCAAUAAUAGUGCUGGUAGCACAAGCAUUCUAACCGAUACCCCAGAGAAGAUGAAAAUUGACGAAGAAAAUAGACGAAAAGAGAAAGACAUAAAAAAGAAAGAAAGAGAGCGAAAAAAUUUAGCACCGAAGAACAUUUUUAAACCAGCAGACAAAAAAAAACAUUGAGAAAAAGGCAAAAAAAUCAAAAAGAAAUGAAAACGAAGAAGAAACGAUCAAUGUAAACGAAGAAGAUGACGAAAACUGCAAUAAUACUCAAGAACAAACUGUUACUCAAAUAACACGUACUGGUCGUAUUGUUAAAAAAAAGAGCAAUUACUAACCUAUAGCUCGAUGUUCUUUUCAAUUUAUUGUGUUUAGUUAGUGAAUUUUCAUUUUAAGUCAACUUAGUUCAUGCACAAUUGUAAUUCUAAAUCACUGUUUUGUACGGUGGUGUUCAUUAAAAUUACAACUUAACGUUGCCGUCCAGUCAAAAUAGAAACCUAGAAGAUCCAAUCUAAUUAUUUUUGUGUGUGUUGUGUUGUGCGUAAAUUUAAAAUUUAAAUCAAAUGUCAAACGGAGUAAUGUUCCAGUUCAGGUGUCUUAAACCAGUUCAACCAGAAAUAAAAUACAUCGUUAAUUCAACAAAAUCUUAAUCUUAAUCUAUUGUUAUGAAAACACACAGAGAAACAUACAAAUUAAAAGUUAUUGGCUAUCUAUCGUAGUCGCUACGUUGUUGUAGCGCUACGUAUCUGUUAGCAACUGGAAUUUUAAAUUUCUUGUGUUAAAUAAGCUCCUCUCAUUCCACGGCCAUUGCUGUCCGAUUUCACCCAAGUUAAUCGUCCAAUAUUCCCCCAAAACCCCCUCUUCCGGUAGAAGCGUGAUAAUUAUUAUAGCACAUCACAUAAUUUUUUUUUCUUUUUUACAGCGUGUUAAAAACUUUGAAAUGCUAUCCACAGUUGUGACUCAGUCCGUCAAUGCAUAUCUACGCAUCCACGAUCGAAGAAAAGGAGGGGGCUCCAACCCGUCGUUAUCUGACCACCUCGUUCGUUCAGACGACGACGAUUUAGCGAA